AUGGGUUGCUACUUCCACGGCUGUCCAAGAUGCUUCCCUCGUCGAGAUCAACGUUUAGCCGCUGGCCGUACUGCUGAAGAACUUUAUGAAAGGACACAACAACGUCUUUGGGAAUUGGAACACCAGCACGGAUUUGAACUUCAUGUAAUCUGGGGACAUGAAAUGAUGGAAAAAUUAAGAAAUAAUCCAAAGUUGCGCCAUCAAUGGCUUGAAAUUGAUUGUGUGCGACCUCUUGAUCCAAGGGAGGAUUGUCUGAGGGGUGGUAGGACAGAGCCGUUCAAACUUCAUCACAUUUGUGCUGAAGAUGAGGAAAUUAUCUAUAUCGAUAUUGUAAUUUUUUAA